AUGCAUAAAGUUGACUGGAAAGAUUCGACUCCUGAGCGCCGGCUUGCAAUUAUGAAUCUCAUCGAGAAAUAUCCCCAUAUUCCCCACCCCGCCGGUGAUGAUACUGCUGAACCACCCUCGUCCUCAGUGCCUCCGAGUCAGCGGCCUGACAUCCCAGGCAUGUCAUCCGAUGUGUUUACACAGCCAGCUUGGAAUGCUUCCAGCAAGACACGCAAAGCCUGGAGAGAGGGGUGUCCACCCGAUCAGUUCCAAUAUCAAGAGCAGGGAAUUCCUUCAACACCACGGUUAAAGAGAAUCGUGGCACGUCUGCCGACGUCCAGUCCACCGGAUGUCCGUGAAACGCAACAAAUACCUGCUCUAACCCCAUCAAUCCCCCAGACAGUGACCCCUACUACUUCUUCUCAUGUCUACCCAGUACCAUCACCUCCUCCGAUGAGCUCAAACCGAGCCACCACUGAGCUCAACAAGCUUCUCUCUGAACUGGAAGAAGCACGCAACCGCUUCCAUCGAUUGCUUCCUCAAACCGUGGACGCUCAAGCGGAGAUGGAACGAUGUGAGACUAAGGUCAAGCAAUUUUACAUGGCUAAUGGCCCUGGUGUUGUGAGCAACCAGUAG